AAGGGUAUUUCCAAUUAAUGGUUUAGGGACAACAGAAACUGGUGACUGUAGUAUAUAUCUAAAACAAACAAAAAAAUUGACCACCAAAACAUGGACUAGGUACAAAGAAUGGAUAAGGAAGAUAAAAAAAGAUACUUCAUUGUUGGAUCUGUCUACCUGGAGGUUGUUACUCCAUUGUUUCAACAAAAGUUAGACGAAAACUAUAAAAGCCUCAACUUUGGAUGUCUGAAGGAUUUUCUUGAUAAAAAGGCAGUCAUCCACAUAUUAUUUCACCUACGCCACAGGAAUGCAUGGUGCUGUACAGAUAAAGCAAACUGCACCAACCAAGGAGCUCUUCCUCUAAAUCAUCACCAAUGGAAACAACUUUAUGCUGAAAAUCCAGGGCCUGGUAUACACAACUGUUUUUGUAAGUACACAGCCAAGUCAAUCGAACUGGAUAAUCUUGAUUUGAGUUUGUGUGGUCUUAUAUUGUUUAACUGCUGCAAACUUGGACAACUUGAUCAAGAGGCAGUCCACAUCCUCAGACGGAAUAAAAAUGACUAUCUGAGUCAUAACACAACAUGUGGUAUAACCAAGGAUGAGUAUGGCCCAUUGAUGGAUGAGCUCAAGACCAGUAUCCUUCAACUUGACCUGACUAAAGAAGAUGAACUGAUAAGGAUACAGAAAAGACCACUGGAUGAUGCACUGUGUAACAAAUACAUGACAACCCUUUUAAAUAUUCAUGAGAUAUUGGAAAAGAUAGAUACAAAUACGACUGAAACACUGCGUUGUGUACAGCAAAUAUGGCAACAUUUAACAACACAGAGUUUGACCAAGCAGAGUUUAGAAGAGAAAACUGACAAACAAGAAAAUAAAAAAUAUCCAAUAAAAACCUACAAACUAGGACAGUCUAUCUUCACACUACAUCAUCAGAUAGACCUGUCAUCAGUAGUUGGUGGUAGUUUUAGAGGAGUAACAGAAAUAGUGAUGAUGGAUGAUGGUAGACUGGUGGUGUGUUUACCUGACCAGGACAGACUACUGAUCUGUAAUACAGAUGGAUCACAGGAAGACAGUAUAGAUGUACAGGGUCACCCAUACAGUGUUACAGCAGUCAACAACUCUACAGUAGCUGUUACACUGUUUGGUAGUGGGUGUAUAGAGAUGUUUGACAUAAACAAUAAACUCAAACUUAAAUCAAUUUCACUACCUGGAAUGUGGUGUGGUAGCAUUACAACUAUAAACAACCAGUUAGUUGUAUAUGGUGACAACAGACUACAGAUCAUAGAUCAUCAGACAGGAGAGGUGGUACAGACAAUACAGACUGACUGUGAUCCUUACUGGUUACAUGGUUCUGGUGACAGAAUAUUCUACUGUGAUACCUACUUGAACAACAACAAGCUGUAUUGGUACAGUUAUAGUGAUGACAGACAUCACACCCUAACAUUACCAUCACCACCCUAUAGUAUGACUACACUACAAGAUGACAGUCUGUAUGUGGUGUGUGAGGAUAAAUCAGUACAUGUGUCAUCUGAUGGUAAACAGUAUAAACCAGUGAAGACACUUCAAACCACUUCAGCUAGGAAUGGUGUGAUACAUUAUAAUUUCACACAAAGAAAACUGGUGAUCAUACAAGGUGAUCUUGUUAAAGUCUUUAAUCAAUUGUAACUUAAUGUACUUAUUACAUAUUUGAUACUUCAAGGUAAUCAUUUUUUUACUUUUAUUAUUUAAUCAGUUUGAUAAUUUCUGGUUAUUCUCCAUAAAAUAGAAGCACUUAAGAAGUACCAUUUUCAUGUUAAAAAACAUUUUCAGUGAGAUAAUUUAAAACAAUAAAAUAGUUUUAAAAAAAAUCAGUACAUAAUAUAAAUCUUUUUGGUGAUUAAAUCUUUGUAAAAAGUUAAUUUAAAAAAAAAAACAAUUUAUAAUAAACUCCAUCAAACAAUUCUCAAUUUAAAGGACAUUUGGAACAUGUUUAAUUGCUUUAAUAUUUGUUAUUUAACAGAUUUAAUAAACUUUUUUUUUAUUUAAGAGCAUUGUUUUGUGUUUUGUUUGAAAUGUUUCGGCUAUUUUGUUUAUUUUAGGCUUCCCCAAAAAAAAACUGUUUUCCAAUUUUCCAGUAAAAAAAUGGGAUUGCUGAGCUAAAUAUACAUGUUUUAUUUUUUAUUUUUAAUCCAAUGAAUCUUAUAGGAAACAAAUUUAUAUUUUGUGCCUGACAUUGCAACACUAAAACAGAUACUGUUGCUGCAUUACUUAAAGAUUCCAUGGAAUCCUUGUUUGAAUCAAGGUCUUUUCGUUUAGUACUAUAGGCAACUGUCACAAUCUGAUAGUUUGAGAAUCAACACGCCACUGGCUUCUAAGGAAAAUAUGUUUUUUCCUAAUGUCUCCAAAUGAAAUAUGCAGUCGAAAAGUCCACCUUUGGGAAUGUGAAACCAAAAAAACAAUUCAGAUCAAACAUAAAAUAGCAGGUGAACAAUUUUAUGCCCUGUUCAAUUCUAGCUAGCCAUUUUAAAGGUUUUAAUUUGAGUUCAUAUCUGCCUGCUGAGAUCAAUUGCUGUAUAUAUUAAUUAUUUUUAACUGCUGGGAUCUACUACAGGCUCUGUUUUGUCUUUUGGGAUAUAACACAGUAUAGUCGUUUUAAAGUGACACCCUUCUUAAAUUAUAUAUUUGUGUAUGGUACAUUUAAGGAAUCUUUAUAUUAAUGAGUAGCCCAUCAGAGAGCUAAAUGAUUACAUGAAGGUAUAUAUUUAACUAAUUUUAUGUAUAUCAUUUUAUUAUAAAAAGUUGAGUUGUAAAGUAAUACUUUAGUGUGGUUUUAAUAAAUGUUCAGUUCUAUAAUAUAUUUGUUUAAUUCAAUUAGUAUUAAUUUGAUAUAUGAUAAAAUUGUCAAAGAUA